ACACUAAGAGAUCAUGCUCCAAGAUGGAUCUUUGUACCUGGCCUAUCGUGAAACAGAGGAGAUCCUCCUGAGCAUUAAGAAGAGCCUCGAUGAUCUUGAGAAAUCCUAUGCACAGCCUGCUCAAGAUCACCCUUCUGCUACUAUACUAGAAGGGGAGGAAGACGAAGUCUACGAAGACAUUGUGGAGCAGACAGAAGUUGUCACGGAGAGCUCCCAUGAUGAACAUGAUCACGAAUGUCCUGUCGUAGCCGACCACACCUUCCCACAUCCCACACUGAGCUUUGAAGAGGCAUGCAUGAGUGAGGAGAUGCAAGAUGAUCUCAUCAAAGAAAUUGUUUGGUGACUUGCCCUCCAAUCCGUGCUGAAAGAAGAAGAGCAAGUGCAGAAAGUAGUUGUGGAGGAUGAUGAAAGUGAAGCAGAAGAAGUUCUUGAUCUUUUCCCAAGGGUGAUACCACAUGAAGAAGGAAGGGGGGUUGAAGAAGCAAUUGUCCAGGUCGAGGACGAAGUUGAGGUGGAAGAGGCUUGCAUAGUUGCACCGGCCAUGAGUUACAUGUGAUAUCUCCACCAAACUUUGAGAUAUUGCUUAGCAAGGACCCAUUUGAAGUGUCUCUUUGCCAGACCAAGUCCACAUCGACAUCGGUCUCUCUUGGUGGACGCGAUGGUGGCCAAUCGAUGAUGUCAUAUCUGGUUUGGGGAAAUGAGACGAGAGAAGAAGAGGUCUCGAGGGUGGAGACUUCAUCUGCAUCAAGUUCACGAGCUUCCAUCACCUGUCAUACCACAUGUUCGUGACUUGAGACUCCACCUCAUCAACGAGAACCUCAACUUCAAAAAGGUUCUCGGGUGGACCGAAACUUAGGAGCCCUCGUCCGGCUCACGAUGUGAAAGAAGCGCUUGUUGGGAGGCAACCCAACCAGUUGGUUUGCAUUUCUUUCUCUAUUUAUCCUCGGUUGAGUCAGUUUUGUUCUUUGAUUUUAGACUCAAUAAAUCAACUUUGUGAAA